AUGGAUCGCCAUCAACUAGAUCCAGAGAGUACCGACCUAGACAAACUUAAAUCUGUUCUUAGGCAAGCUUUGGGAUUAGAUCCAAAUUUACCAAAUUUCUGUGUUACAAUGGAUAUGGAGCAGCAAAAUCGAUUAUCAUCGCUUACAAUAGAAACACUUAUAGAACAAGAAGAGAUUGACUUACAUCCAUAUGGAAGAGGUGGGAUUUAUGAAGGCAUUUUGUACAAAAAUAGACCGAAAGAAAAAAUCAACAUUGUUUUAGCGUUUGUUUGGAUCAUUUUUGUCAUUUCAAUUAUUUUGAUGGCGGGAACUAUUGUCACUGUUGCAGUAACAAAUGGUCAAGAGUUUAAGACUGAAGGAAAAAUUCAAAACUAUGCAAAGUUAUGGUAG